AGUCGGCAGUCUAACCCUCUCGUCAGCAGUUUCGCGUCCGUCUCGCCGUCGAGGUUAAUUUUUUUUCGCGUGUCGUCCAAGCCGUCGUGUGUUUUUUUUUUCUUGCCUCAUCUUCCUCCUACUCCGUCGUGUCGAGUCUGACGCGCGCGUGUGAUUUAUUUUCACCGCCGUUUUUAUUCCUUUUAUAAUAAUAAUUUUAAUUAUAAAAUAGCGUUGAUUACAAUUUAGGUACUUUUUUUAAAUUUUAAUAUUUUGUCGAUUAACCGUCGCCGCCGCCAUGUGCAUCGUAAUUCACCCGAUCCUACGCGCCCUCUACGGCCUGUUCACUGGAGCCACUUCGUCUUCGUCCGCAGCCCGCGUGACCAUCAAAGAAGAUUGCAAAUCACUUCUUUUGUCCAAUGAACAACUGACCACCUUGAUGAAAGAUAUGGAUGGAGCCAUCAGGAAUGGUUUGGGCAAAGAUACCAAUCCAUCUUCCAUUGUCAAGUGUUAUGUCACUUACGUGCAAGAUUUGCCUAAUGGCACAGAGAGAGGAAAAUUCUUGGCUCUGGACUUGGGUGGCACCAAUUUCCGUGUGCUAUUGAUUGAAUUGGGAGAGAAUAACUACUUCCAUAUGGACUCUGAAAUCUUCAAAGUACCUGCUCAUAUCCAAACUGGCAAAGGCUCAGAAUUAUUCGAUCAUAUUGCUAAAUGUCUGGCAGAAUUUAUUAAAAAACACAACUUGGACAACAAAAAGGCAUUACCGUUGGGCUUUACUUUUAGUUUUCCACUUAGACAAGUUGGACUUACCAAAGGAUAUUUAAAUAGUUGGACUAAAGGAUUUAACUGCUCAGGAGUAGUUGACGAAGACGUAGUCAGACUUCUCAAGGAAGCUAUCAAGAGGAGAAAGGACCUGAAUCUACGUUUAACGGCUGUAUUGAAUGAUGCAACCGGAACCCUAAUGAGUUGUGCACACAAAACACGUUUUUCAAAAAACUGUUUUGUAGGUUUGAUCAUUGGAACGGGUUGCAACGCGUGUUACGUGGAAAAGGUGGAAAACGCCGAACUCUUCGACGGUGACAAGACGAAACCACACGUGAUCGUCAACACCGAAUGGGGUGCAUUCGGAGACGACGGAAAAUUGGACGCCGUCCGCACGAAAUACGAUCGGGAAAUCGACGAGGACUCGUUGAACCCCGGACGACAGAGAUUCGAGAAAAUGAUCAGUGGCAUGUACAUGGGCGAGAUCGUGCGGUUGGCCAUCGUGGACUUGGCCAACCAGAACAAACUCUUCGAGGGAAGGCUGUCCGAACAAAUGAAGACCAAGGGAGCGUUCGGCACGUCAUUCGUAUCCGACAUUGAAGGUGAUAAAGCCAACUACAAAGAAACCUUGAAGGUUCUGAGCGAGAUGGGCAUCAACGAUCCAUCAUUGGUCGACUGCGCCAACGUACGGUACAUCUGUGAGUGCGUAUCCAGGCGGUCGGCGCAUCUGGUGUCCGCCGGUCUGGCCGCUCUUCUCAACAAAAUGGACGAGAAGUCCGUCACGAUCGGUGUUGAUGGUUCUGUUUACCGUUUCCAUCCAUACUUCCAUAAACUCAUGGUGGAAAAGACUAAACAACUGACCAAAUCUGACAUCAAAUUUGACCUGAUGUUGUCCGAAGACGGAAGUGGUCGUGGAGCGGCCCUAGUCGCUGCUGUAGCUGUCAGGGAUGAAUUACCAUCAAUGACGAAUGGAUUCUCGGCGAAAUAAUUAGUGGUAUUCAACUAGUGAGUCGAAGUUGUUACCAAAAAUGCUC